CCAAUAAUCACAAACAAUUGCCCAUUCUUCUAUAUUUUGUCCGGCGGCCGGCGACAAACAACAUUAUGGGUCUGGUCAUGAGCCUCAUGGGAAAAGGAUUGCCCACGGCGCAGAUGAUGAGUUUUGCCAUGGGGACACUAUACAAACAGUUUGCUGACAAAGAUAUCAAGACCUUUCCUGAUUUUCACCUUGCAAUUCUCGACAUUUUCAACAUCGUGAAUGGGGCAUUGCCCGGGAAACACUACGACGUGCCGCCAUUGAAGGAGGUCCAAGCUUGUUUCGAGGAAUGGAAAUCGAAAGGGAACGACGAAUCCGCGAAGAAGGCGCUGUUCGUCGACUUCAUGAAGAGGAGGGUGAAGCUCAGCAAGAUGGACGAUACCACUCUCAUCACCGGACUGGUGACGCCGCCGGCGGCCAUGGCGGCGAAGAGAUCCGGAGAGAGCGUUCCCCAGCUCAAGCUCAUCAAAGCCGUCCCCGACGUCUUGUUCGUGCCGUCCGCCACCGUCCUCGCCCUUGUCUCCGUCAAACUCUCCCGCAAGAUGUUCCUCGGAAACGUCGCAUCUUCCUAAAGUAUUGAAUUUUAAUUUUAAAUUUGUAUUCCAUGGAUAUCUUUUUAAUACUCUAAUUUUAAUUCAAUUUGCACUCCCUACUUAGUAUUUUGGACAUUAUUGUUUUCCGUUGAAAUUCUAAACUUGAAUGUUAAAAGAAAUUGAAAAGAAUUAGAAAAAAAAACGGGAAUGAAUUGGAAAAUAUUAA